AUGGUGGUAACUAGCACUAACAGUAUAGCUAGUAGAACUAGGUCUAAAUCAUCAUUAGCAACAGCAGCAGCAGCCUCAACUACUAAUAUUCUUGUUGAUAUAACUAAAUCUUCUCAACAAAACAAACAAAGCACUACAGCUACUUCUAUUUCUUCUAUAAGAACAACAAGAACAGGAUCAAAAAAAAUGAAUGUAAAAUCAACUGAUAAAGCUGAUGUGACCACUAAUUUAUCAGAAUCAUCAACCAAUGAUGAGGCUUCUAAUACUUUUACUACAGCUACCACUGUUGCUGCUCCUAUCACUAGAAGUAGAAGAUCAAAAAAAGCGAUAAUAAUAACCGAUAUUUCCACAAAUCAACUCGUUACAUCUAUUGCACCUCAAUUAAUCACACCUAUAACUGCUACAACUGCUAAUAAUAAAUAUGAAUUACUUAAAGUUAUUGGUAAAGGGACAAUAGGAAAAGUUAUUUUAUCCAAAGAAAAAAAAAGAAACGAAAGAUUGGUCGCAAUUAAAAUAAUCAAAAAAGAAACAAGAUGUAUAAAACGACAAAUAGUUAAUAUCAGAUCUGAGAGAAACAUAUUUGUACAAUUAUCCAACAACACAUCAAAUCCUUUUUUGGUAAAAUUACACGAAUCAUUUCAAGACUCAAAUAAUUUAUAUUUGGUUUUGGAUUAUUGUCCUGGUGGAGAUAUAGCAACUCGACUAGCUAAAUUUAAAAGGUUCGACCAAUCAACUAGUAAGUUUUAUUUGACAGAAAUAAUAACAGGAAUUGAAGAAUUACACCAAUUUAAAAUAUUAUAUCGUGAUUUGAAACCUGAAAAUAUUCUAAUAGGUGCUGAUGGACAUAUUUUAUUAACAGACUUUAGUUUAUCAAAACAAUUAAAUAAUACGUCAUCAAGAGCAAAUACUUUUUGUGGUACACCAGAAUAUUUGGCACCAGAGAUAAUCAGAGGCGAGGGCUAUAGUUUCCCCGUGGAUUGGUGGAGUCUAGGAGUGUUGUUAUAUGAAUUUUUAACUGGGAAUACACCGUAUCAAGGUGAAAAUUCAAAUGAAAUAUACAAGAAUGUGUUGGAAAAAGAUGUAAAGUAUCCAAUUUGGAUGGAUUACGAAACUAAAAGUCUUUUAACAAUAAUCUAUUACUUACAAUCAAAAUUAUUUGUGGUCCAGUUAUUAAAGAAAGAUCCAAAAGUUAGAUUAGGAGGCGGCGAAUUAGGAAGUCAAGGAAUCAAAAAUCAUGCAUAUUUUAUGGGUAUAAAUUGGCAAGACGUCUAUCAGAAACGUUUACCAUCACCUUACAUUCCACCAAUUGAACAUGAAGCCGAUGUGCAAAAUUUUGACCCGACGUUUUUAAACAUGCCAUUAAAAUUAUCACUUCCCAAAGAUCCAUUUGAUGACAUUUUGCAAGAUUACUCGUUCUCUUCUAGUCAACCACCAAACAACAACAAUUCAUAG